AUGUCGUCGCUGUUGGAAAAGACGCGCGACUUGAGCAAGCAGCUCUCCAAAGCUGCUGCCAAUUCGCAGCCAGAUGAUAUGAUAAUGUUGCUCAAACAGCUCAAAGAAGUGGUGGAGCCAUCAGAGGAGUUGAUUCGCACGACCAAGAUUGGUGUUACCGUGGGAAAGCUGCGCACACACUCUGACAACCGCGUGUCUGAACUUGCUAAAGAUCUUGUAAAAUCAUGGAAAACGCAAAUUGAGAAGCAGCGACGUGAAGCAACGUCGAUGGACAAAUCCAAGAAGGAAGCGCAACCCGCCGAUACCAAACCUUCCACUACCACACCUAGCACCAAGUCAAUUGAUAUCAACUUUGAAGUCCUGAACGAUAAAGUACGCAAUGCUUGUCUGAAGCUAUUGUACAGCAGCCUUGAGCUACAAGAGGAUGCUGAGCCCAAAACAGUAUUUGCCUCUGCCAUGGAAAUCGAACAGGCGGUGUAUGCAAAAAUUGGCGGUGGCUCCAUCAACAAUGACUAUCGUUCUAAAGUGCGGAGCCUGAGCCUUAACCUUAAAGACAAGAACAACCCUGAAUUGCGCCAAAAGGUGUUGAAAGGAGAAAUCCCAGCCGAGACACUCGUCGUUAUGCGCUCAGAAGAGCUGGCAUCCAAAGUGCUGAAGGAGCAACAUGAGGCCCUUCGUCAACAGAAUCUCCAUAAUGCGAAGGGCGCCGAAGCGCAAGAGGCCGAGACGGACGCUUUCCAGUGCGGCAAAUGCAAGCAGAAGAAGACGCGCUAUUAUCAGAUGCAGACACGCAGUGCUGAUGAGCCCAUGACUACCUUUGUUACUUGCGUUAACUGCAACCACAAAUGGAAGUUCUCUUAA